AUGAGUGAUGGUGAUAAGUCGAAGGAGACUCCUGUUCCUCCUCUCCCAACUCCUAUUUCCCCCUAUCCCCAUAGACACAAAUGGGAUGUGCAAUUCGCAAAAUUUCUUGAGAUUCUUCGACAAUUGUAUGUCACUAUCCCCUUUACGGAUGCUUUGAAACAAAUGCCUUCUUAUACGAGAUUUCUCAAGGAAAUCUUGAGUGGGAAGCGAGAUCUUGACGUAACGGAGACGCUUGAAAUAAGCAAUGCCUUGUGUGAUUUGGGUGCUAGCGUUAGUAUACUACCUUAUUCGGUGUUUUCCAAGCUUGACGUUGGAGAUCUUGUCCCAACCAACAUCACCUUGCAACUUGCCGACCGUUCGAUUAAGUAUCCUAUUGGCAAGGUUGAGGAUGUUCCCCUAGUUGUUGGCGAGCUUACUUUCCCUGUGGAUUUCGUCGUCUUGGACAUUGAUGAGGAUGCCCAUACCCCCAUUAUCUUGGGGAGGCCAUUUUUGGCCACCGCGGGUGCUCUUAUCGAUGUGCAAGAAGGACUAAUCACUUUGAAAGCGGGAGACGCCAAGGCUAGUUUCAAGCUUGCAAUUGAUGAACAUUGUUGCUCUAAAAUGAAAAGUUGCAUGAAAAUUGACACUCUUGCUUGUGUUGAGAACAAUCACUCUUGUGCUAAUUCUUCUAACAAUUUUCAUGUUUCUAAGUGUGCUAAUGAGCUUGUUAGGUCAUCUCUUGAUGACAAGAAUGUCCAUGGAAUCCCAAAGGCAUUUGGGGAUGAGCUUGAUGAUGCACUAGUAGAAAAAACCUCAUUUGCAACCCUUUAUUUACAGCCUUCACUAAUUGAGAUCGGUGUAACAACUUGCGGUCAACGCGGGUCAAUGAAUAAAUGA